AUGGGGUUGUCUAAAGAAGAGAAAAAGGCCAGAAAAGAAGCAAAAAAACUAGAGAAGUUAAGGCAAGAAAAUGAAGCUCGGAAGCAACUUAAGCGUGAAGAGCUAAAUCGCGAGAUCGCUGCACAGGCUUUGAAACGUGGAGAACUCGAUAAAAGUUGGCGCGCGAUGAUGUUGAAAAUAAAAGAACCAAUAUUUAGACAAGAUAUCGAAGUAAUGUGGCACGUCUUCGAAAGAUCUUACGAUAAAAAAGAUCACAUCAUUGGUUAUACAAUUAAGCUUAUGGACGUUGCUGAUGACCAAUUUCAACGAACAGUGGCAAGCUUUUGCGAUACAAUCGAUAGAAUGAUUAAUAAAUUUUUGUCUGACUUGGAGGCCUUGUCAAAAGAAAAUGAUCUAGCAACGAGUGACUUACUAAAAAGAGCUGAAGACGAAGCAGCGCAAUUAAUGUCUGACCACACUGCAGCUGAAACACAUUUACAGCUCCUACUUUAUCAUGCUUAUAAUGUAUCUGAUACCUUAGCGUGGACUACAAGGGGUGAAAACAUGGUAAAGGCAGAUGAAGAACGUAACAAAUACCUAGCUGAACGAGAAAAUUUACGCUCUUUUCUUGAGAAUACUUACAAUGCAGUUUGGGAUCAAUAUAAGGCUGUGCUUAAAUCAUACGUUAUGGGUACUGUUGAAAAUCAAAAAGCAGUACGAAAGCUAAGGCGAAAGGAAAAUAUGAUGGCUGAUAUAAUUGCUUCCCAAAAAAAGAAAAUCGCUAAUAGUGAUGGUCUGCUCAAAAAAUUACGUACGGAAUUAAACGCUUAUGAGUCUGGUACCAAACAGGCCGUGUUUCGAGAACGUCGUGACAGGCAUAGAGAUGCUUGUUUACGUUUGAAACAUCAAAUGUACAAUGGAGUUGCCACAGAUGUUAAACAAUUGGGUUUGUUAGUAAAAGUGUCUGAUGAGACUGUAGAGUGGUUGGAAAAAGCUUUUGAAAAAGUAGAUAGAAUUUUGCGUAUGGCAGCGCUAUGUCGAAAGUUUGAAACGCAACGGGAAAAGGUUCUUCCUUUCGGUUCGGAUUUGCCUCAUUCUCCUGCCGCAUCAAAAUUAAACGUUCGUAGACAACAAUCAGAUGACUCGCUGGUAUUGAAUGCUAUCACAACAACAAGUGGUUUAACAAGACUCUGGCAUAGAAUAUCCAAAGCGGAAUUGACAAAAAGAGCACUAUAUCGUGAAAAACAGUUGUUAGAAGAAGAAAACGCUUUAAUUUUAAACAAGAUCCAAGAAUAUAAUGAGAAAAAAAUUAACAUUGACCCCAAAAAAUGUAUUUGCACAAAACCAAAUGCUGAAGAAAGAGUCUUUUUCCAAAAAUCUGAGCAUCCUGUAGCAAUAGACGCAAAACUAGAAGCAACUAAAUUGCAACUUCAUUCCAAAAACAAUUUUAAAGGAGAACUAAAUAUGUAUUAA